AGGAGACCCUCUCCUUCUCUCCGAUCCAUCCAUCCAUCCAUCCAUCCAUCAGUUUUUAUAUUCUCUCUUCUUUUAAUAGAAACUUUUGGCUCUCCAACUGAAAGACAAGGAAAAGAUUUUGCUUCCAAUUUCAGAUCUCAGGGCUUCAAUGAUAAAGACACGUUCCUCUUUCUCUCUCCCUCUCUCAAAAAGCUGUUCUUAGACAAGGAGAUAUGAAAUAUUUGUAUCAGUCUUCCAUUCACUUCACCAUGCCUUUUUUCCCACUACCCUCAUAAUCUCUCUCUCUCUCUCUCUCUCUCUCUUCUCUCUCUCUCUCUCUCUCUCUCCAAAUAAUUUGUGACCAUCUCCAUCUUCUUGUUCAUAGUAGCCAUGGAUUCUGGUAAUAGUGGAAGUAUGCAAUCUUCAAGUGGUGGUGAAACUCAAGACCAUGAAAUCUCUAGACCCGAUUCGAUCCCGGGUUACUUGAAUUCUCCGACCGGCCACUUAUUUGCUACCUCCGACCCAACAGUACACCCAUCUCUCCUUUCUCAAUACCAAAACCACCCACCCACUACCACAACACUUUUUGAUCAUCAUCUCUCAUCUAGUAAUUACACUUACGAUCAUUUCCACACAACAUUGUCUCAUCCCCAACCAAACUCAUCAAACCCAAAUUUCAUCCCCAGCCCAAGAUCCAAUCAACCCAACUCCACCAACCCCAUUCCCAACCCACAACCUUCAUCAACUACUACAGAAGCACGAGGAGGACAGACCAACACCGUUGCCACCCGAAACACGAAGAAGAGGACAAGAGCUUCUAGAAGGGCACCAACCACCGUUCUCACCACCGACACGUCUAAUUUUCGGGCAAUGGUGCAGGAGUUCACUGGUAUCCCAGCACCCCCAUUUUCAGCUUCAUCCUCAUCACCAUACGCUCGAAGACUCGAAAUGUUUGGCUCCGGAACAAGGUCACCUCUCUACCCUUUACGUCCUUCGGCUCAAAAGGUCCAUCAGCCAGCCCCAUUUCUCUCUCCUUCUAAUUCUAAUUCUUCGUUGUUGAUGAUGAUGAGCAAUAGUAUUAGUACUAUGGUUGAUGCUACUAAUAUUGCUACUACUAGUAAUAAUAGCAAUGUUAAUUUCAGUUCAACUAAUUACCAAUUACUAUCUGAUCAUCAUCAAAAUCAAGGCCUCUUCCAAAGCAUGCAAAACCCUAUUCUCACAUUCCAAUCCCUACCACAGCAGCCUCCUCCAUUCCAUUCUUCAAUCAAUGUGCCUAAUUUUGGGGCAAGACCUACCCCCCGGGGAGUAAUUGAUAAUUUGGCCAUGCAUUCAUCACUUGAGGACCAAUUGGGUCCGAACCGUCAUGGAUCAUCACCAUAUGUUAACACAAACCAGCUCGGUGGUGAUGGUGUUGGAUCAAUAGACGACAGCCAUGUAGCAGCUUCAGAUGGGAAUGGAGGCUGGAGGGAUCAUGGAGUACUUGGAUCAAGGGAUGGGGGAUUAUCAUCACAUGAUCACCAUUUGAGGCCUAGUUUGGACAAGUGUUUGGAGAUGGGCAAUGUUAAUUCUACUACUAGAGGUGAAGGUGCGGUGGACUCGUGGAUUUCUCCUAAUUCAGAUCACUAGAUAAUGUUAAAUCUAGCUGCUGGUACUAGUACUACUGCUUGAAAGAGAGCCAUUGGUCGCGGUGGUGGUGGUGGUGAUAACGAAGAACCUACAUAGAUAGCUGCUGUUCUUUUUAUCAUUCACCAUUCAAUCAUUUUGCAGUGAGAAAAAAAUCGAGGUAAGUGACGAAAAAUGACUUAACCAAUUAUGAUACCGUGACAAUACUUAAUAUGACGCAUCAUCGGUAGUUCAAUUAUAUACAGUUGUGUAUAGCUAGCUAGGUACCAUACCUUCUUAAUUUAUUAUAUGUAGCUGGGAUUUAUUUGUAGGAUAUGUAUUUACAGUACCAGUUUUUUCUUUCUUUCUUUUAUUGUAUUACAACUUACAAAGUAUAUAUUCAUUCCUAUCGUAUUUUCGCCA